CCCUAUAAGAAACCGAAAGUUAAUACCUUGCCGACAUGAUUGUUACUAUCGACAAUAUUAAAGAACCUAACAUGAAAAACGUACUGGAAGUUUUCAUCCUUUUCAUUUCGAUAAAAUCAUCAACCCAACAAUGUUCUGAUUCCAAGAAGACAAUGGAAUAUGUACCUUCUUGUCCGAGAUCACGUGCCGAAUGGAAUGCUGCUUCAGAUUUUAAAAAGUGCGCUAAUGUUCAACAAACCUGCGUUCAGCAGUCGGAGUUUGUGUACCACUGUGUUAUCAACACAUACCUUAAUGCCACUGUUGAAGUUUGUGCACCAGCUGUCGAUAUUCUUGGACAAAAAUGUGCCGAGUACAAUACUGGAGGUGAACGUAUACAGGAACAUUCGAAGACAAAUUGCUCAACAUGUCCGUUUCGUUACUUAUCUUCAGAUUCGUACCUCUAUCAAGAAUGCUAUAGGAUUAUCCAUUCAAACGUUACAUUAUCAAAUGAUAAUAGUAACUGUGACUCGAAAAUAAGGGAAAGCGAAGAAGACAAUCCCUAUGUCGCUGCUACAUGGGUACUUUUUUCCAUCUUGGUUAUCAUCGUGUUUAUUAUAGUGGUUCGCUGUAUACGUUCCCGCAAAUCAUAAGAGAUAGUAAUCUAGAAAAUACACAAUUUAGAAAGAGAAAACGCAUGGUUACAUGUAUGUACAUAACAGUGCUUCUACAAAAAAAAAUGCCAAAUUUAGAUUUUUUAUGUCACUUACAAAUUUACCGUUGGAAUAUCUUAACUAUGAAUUUUCAAAUAUGGAAGUCCAGAAUGAUUACUGAAAAUAAACUUCAUAUAAACGUAGGUAUUUUUUGCCCAAUCAAACAGCAAAUAUUUUUUAAUAUGUUGGAAGUGAAAUGCUUCAUACUUUUUUGGAAUAUCCUAAAACAACCUUUGAUUCUAACUAUUGCUGAGAAUUUAAACUUUAUUGCUGGGAAAGAAAUUCUGUG